AUGGAUACGAUACGGAUGGAUAGGAUCAUGAGAUACCUGUGGAUUAGCGCGGCGGUUUGCUCGCUUUGUGCAUUGUCACAGGUACAAGCAGCUGAGGAGACGCAGGUUGACACGCACGAGGGCUCGACGGUUCUCCUGCAAUGUCGCUUUCCUCCAGUGCGACAGAAUGCCACAUCAUUCUGGCUGAGCAACACCAACAAUGUUCACGAUAAUGCUGUGGUUGACGCCAAACCUCUGUCGCCAAACUACCGCGUCGACAUGGAUCUCGCUGCUGGUCGCUAUGAUCUUGAAAUCCAUAAUGUAUCGUACGACGCGAAUAACGGAAAGUACGAGUGUCGUAUCAAGAAAACCGGCAGUGGUGUCAAUCUGUACCACAAGAAUGUGACACUAACGGUGCUAAGAGCACCAGGCCAACCAUCAAUAUCACCAACAUCAACACCAGCUACUGAGGGUAAACCAUUGAAACUCCAAUGUAACACGUACGGAGGUAGUCCUGAGCCAGAAGUCAAGUGGUACAAAGACAAUAGCCUCAAGGAACUCCACACAGGACGUGAAUUGGAGAUUGUACCAACUAAGGAUGAUGAUGGUGCUAUAUUCUGGUGUAUCGUUAGAAAUCGUGCUAUGCCGGUGGGGCACUCGUUGAAUGCCACUGUGAGACUCGAUGUUAAUUACUUUCCCCGGGUGACAGUUGGCCCGGAGAAUCCGUUGAAAGUAGAAGCUAAUGAAAAAGCUGUCUUGCGUUGCAAUGUCGAUUCCAAGCCCAAAGUCAGCAUGGUGCGGUGGAUGCGGGACGGUAGUUUCUUUGCAACAUCAUUUGACCAUACGAUGCCGAGGGUAACGGUUCAAGACGCUGGACAUUACACUUGCCAGGCUGACAACAUGCUUGGUAGAACAGGUGAAGCGUCACUGUAUCUUGAUGUACUCUAUCCGCCUACAGUUGCUAUCGAAGGUGAUACAAUUCGCGUUGCUGAGGUUGAGGAUACAGUGACAGUUCACUGUAAUGUAUCAGCGAAUCCUCCGCCAACUUCGGUCGAAUGGUUCAGGGAUGGUAAACCAGAGUUUCGGCAUUCUGGCCCGAUAUUACGAUUCACCAGAGUCAAUGCUGAACAUGCUGGUAACUACACGUGUAAAGCGAUCAAUAUCAUUCACCCAAGUGGUGGCGAACGGAAAAAUCACUCCGCCAUUGCUCGGGUUAACAUACGGAUACGUCAUAAGCCUGGACCGGCAAAGGUAACACCGGAUUCACCAGUCGCUAUUGAACACUCAAGUGUUAUACUCACUUGUAUGGCAAGUCCAGCUGGCUAUCCUGAGCCUCAGUACAAGUGGUUCAAAGAGGGUGAGGAUGGGGCACCAGAACAGCCCAUCGAAACGUCUGGUGCACAAUUUGUCAUUGACUCUGUUACACUGGCAAGCGAUGGCACCUACAGAUGUCGAGCUAUGAAUGAAAUUGGCACUGGUGAAGCGGCGCACGUUAGACUCACUGUUCAUCAACAGCCCAAAAUUGUAACCAAACUUCAGCCACAUCUCACACGUACAGUUGGCGAGUCUGGUUUCGCAGUGUCUUGCGUGGCACACGGUAAACCAAAACCCUUGGUUCAUUGGCUCAAAGACGAGGAGGAACUCACUGCCGAUGAGAGUUUGUACAAAGUUGUAACUCUAACGUCCAAAGGUCAUGGUAAUGUUAUCACCGUUAACUCAACACUAAGUUUUCUGGGUCACUCACGACCGAGUACUGAUCAUAUCAUAGCCAGUGAUAGGGGCAAAUAUACCUGUGUUUUUGUUAAUGAUGUCAAGAAAGUUGAAUCUGAAAUGAUGCUGAAGAUAGCGCAUGCACCACUUGUCCUGCAUAAACACAAGAAAGUGGCUUACAAUCUGAAGGAAACCGCUGAGAUAACUUGUAAAGUACAGGCUUGGCCGAAGCCGGAAUUUCAGUGGAGCUUUGGAUCUAAUGCAGCACCACUUCAGGGUGCAUCGAGUGAUGGGCAUUAUGAGCUUUGGACUACCACGGUUGAGAAGGAUGAUAUAUACACCUCGGUGUUGAGAAUAUCGGAUAUUAAGGAGGAGGAUUAUGGUGAGUACAGCUGUCGUGCUGCUAAUGCACAGGGACCUGUCACAUCUGUAAUCACUCUCCAGCCGAAGGGAGCACCGGAGAGGCCCUCGGACCUCAGUGCUGUGGAGAUUGGACCGACUUAUGUGGCGUUACAGUGGGAAGUUGGCUUUGACGGUGGUGUGGCCAUUACCAAGUACUUUGUGUCUUAUCGAAGGGUUCUUGUUGAGAGUGAGGAUCGGUCUGUUCCACUUGACUGUGCACCACCUCGUGGCCCCGCUGGGCAGUGGCAGGAGCUCGACUGUCGCAGGUCUAAUCCCUGUAACAUUACUGGUCUCGAACAGCAUCAGAAGUACACGUUUAAGGUGAAGGCUUACAACACCAAGAAUCAUUCUGAUUACUCGGAGGAGAAGACGUUUACAACUACUGUCGCUAAAAUCCCAUCGCCUCAUCGUGUUAGCUAUCAUCCGGAGAGUGGUUCACUGGUUAUCAAUGUUGGUCCUACUUGUUUGGCUGUCGUUGCUUCCAUAGAACGCACCGAUGGCGGUUCUAAUCAGUGGAGAGUUGUCGACGAGUGGCCGCUCGAAGUCAUGGGGAGUGCACCAACUCAGAGGGAGGGGAUCCUUGAUGAUCCUGACACUUCCAGUGGUGAACCACGACUCAAGGUCAAACUUUGUCUCAAGUCUGAUAGGGAGAAGUGCGGCGAGUGGACUGAAGCUGAGGUUGGGCCAUCGGUGAUAAAUCAAGCGGGUGCCCUAGCAACGCCAACGUUAAUCGCCCUAGUCGUCAGUGGUGCUGUUUUCCUCCUAUUCACAGCCCUGUUACUCCUCUUCUGCCGUUGCCGAAGGAAGCACGCAGCAAAAGCCAAGGACUAUGAGAUGGACUCUAACGCGGUACGUCCGAGUUUGGUCACUGGUAAUGGACAGCAGAAUCAAGCGCCUCCGCCUUAUUUUGCGGAGAAUAAGGCCCUCGAGCACAGUUUGGAUCAUGCACUGGCGAUGGAGGACUCGAAAACACCACCGUAUGCACAGACUGGAUAUGGAUAUCAUCAACCCACUCACAACAUCAAUGGUGAGAAUGGUGUCAACAUGGGAUACCUGGACAAUAGCUACUCAAACUCCAACAACGGUGGAUCCGUCAACUCGCAGGAUUCAAUCUGGCAGAUGAAAUCCGCAGCAGCCAAUGGGGUAAAUCCCCAGUACGAUCUUGGUGGAUAUGCCCCGACAGAGUCCGAUUAUCCAGCCCACCAGCACUAUUUACCACAAAGAGAGGAUUACCGGGAGAGUCACAACCUCAGUCGACAGCAAUUCUGCACUGAGCCCUUUGCCACUGUUGUCAAAUCACAGAAACAUGUUGACUCCCAAUACGACGUCUCAGGACUCCCCUACCAAGAGACAUACGACGGCGAGCCAAAGCCCCCCCAAGUGAGCCUCUCCUACGACGAGAGUCUCGAGUCUGGCUACUCAACUCCCAACAGCCGGCGACCGCGAAUCAUAAGGGAGAUAAUUGUCUGAGAUC